AUGAGUGAAACGGGUUUUAUUUCUUAUCCUCCCCCUCAACCAGACUUUUGGAUUUAUUUUGCCAAAUAUUUAAGAAAUUUCUGGGUUCAGUGGGCUAUAGUUUUUGUUCCUUUCAUUCUUUUCAUACUUUACUUGAAAUUUACUAUGCCUUCUUUUCACUUAAAUGAAAAAGAUCCAGAAGACGAUAUAGAUGUCAGUGGAAAAAAAUAA